CUGCGGCGACAUCUCCGAAAUUCAAAAUUAUCUAGUCGAAGUCUGUCGAAGUAAGCCCGAAGCAGGCCCGAAGUUCAUCGAACUUAUCCGAAGCUGAUAAGAAUUUACUCAAAGUACGCGAUUUAGACACCGGCAGUUUAUUUAUUUACGUUUUCGUGUUUUUGUUGAUAACAAAAUAAAUCACAUGGUUUUCAAUUCGUGUUAAUAAUUUUCAUGUUCGUGUAAAAAAUGAAUGAAUAUUUUGUUAAAUGAUUGAAAUAUUUCGUGUAAUACAAUGUGUGGAAUAGCUUGUGUACUUUGCUGCGAAAAUAGUACAGAGAGGACUUCUUCAACAAUUGACAAUAUUGUAAAAGAAUCAUUGAAGAGAAGAGGCCCAGAUUGCUCCGAUGAACGCUCAAUCUCAUUCGAUACCUGGAAAGGAUCAUUUUACGGAACUGUUCUGCAUACUCAAGGAUCCGAUCUAACUCCUCAGCCAGUUUACUCGUCCGAAAGUUUAUUCUUAUGGAAUGGUGACGUUUUCGACGGUUCUCUAAUUACUGAUAACGUUCUUCAUCACCAGUCUGAUACUUCGAUAUUGAAUCGUUGGCUAGAAAACAAUUCUGGCGAUGUGUUAAAAAUGAUCAAAAUGCUCCAAGGACCGUAUUCUUUCAUUUAUUUCGAUAUGAAACGAAGGCUUCUAUGGAUCAGUCGAGAUGCACUCGGUCGUCAUAGUUUACUGUGGGAUAUUGACGAUAUUUCGCUUUUAAUAUGUUCAGUUGGUCAUAAAGGUAUGAACACGCUGCUCGAAGUUCCUGCCGCAGGAGUGUUCUGUUUCGAAUUCGGAAAUGAUUCUAUUACGAAUAUUUCACUCUAUCCGUGGUCUCAUUUCGAUAAAAUUUCAUGUGAUUUACCAUCCACCGUUGUAAUCUCUGAUACCAAGCUGGAUUACUUUGAUUUCACUCCGAAAUGGAUCGAAUUUAAAACAUAUGAUUUUUUUAACGCAGAAUGUUCGGAAAAUUCAUCCCAUACGAUGGAUAAUCUACUCGAUAAUCCAGUUGUUCUCGAACUGGUCGAUAAACUGAUAGAUUUAUUAACGAAUUCCGUCCAGAAACGAGUCACAGUGCGGAGAAGCGUUUGCCGGAAUUGUUCUCCAGAUCAGUGCUCUGAUGACCAUGCAAAAGUUGGAGUACUUUUCUCAGGAGGUAUUGAUUCUACGAUAUUAGCUUACCUCGCGAAUAAAUUUGUACCGCAAGAGGAGCCUAUUGAUUUGAUGAACGUGGCAUUCGAUCAGAAAGGAUCGUUCAAUGUGCCUGAUCGUAAAACAGGCUUGUUAUCUUUGGACGAGAUACGUUCGUUGUGUCCUAAUCGUCGAUGGAAUUUUGUCGAGAUAAAUAUUUCUCGACUAGAACUGGCUGAGAAGCAACAAACACACAUUACUCAUUUGAUUCACCCCUUGAAAACGAUCUUAGAUGAAAGUCUAGGCAGUGCUUUAUGGUUCGCAUGUCGAGCAGAAGGACAUAUCGAUAAUGUACCGUACACUUCUUCAUCAAAGAUAAUAUUGCUCGGUAACGGCGCCGAUGAACAACUAGGAGGAUACACUCGUCAUCGAAACCUUCUCAAACGAACUGGCUGGAACGACUUGGGCAUUCAGUUGAUCAAAGAAACGAUUGAAAUUUCCAAACGAAAUCUAGGACGAGAUGAUCGAAUCGCCAGCGAUCAUGGUCGCCAACCUAGGUUCCCUUUUCUGGACGAAAAUGUUGUAUCAUUCUUGGCAGACCUGGCUCCGUGGCAAAAAUGUAAUCCUGUAUCUUUUCCUCCUGGAACUAGAGAUAAGCUGCUGUUGAGAUUAGUUGCGGUGAAAUUGGGCUUAAGGCAAUGUGCUUCUUUUCCUAAACGAGCGUUCCAGUUUGGAUGUCGAAUCGCUAAUUCGAAAGAGAAAGGGGAUAGUUGCAGUGAACGAUUAUAAAGCUUAAACUAGUACUUAUAUGUACGACCUACGACCAGCAUCUAUGGUUGUUCUUCUGUCCAGAGAGUACUCGUAUUUCCUCUUUCUCUCUCUUGUAAAAGUCAUGCUAGCUUUGCGAGAAGCUUUAUACCUACAAUGUUUCAGAAAAAAUUCUCGCAUUCGAGAGAAGUUUACAGAAUGAAAUGUUCAUAAUAAUGAUAAAUCUCAGUAAUGAAGAGGAGGUAGUUGAUUUCAAAAAUACCAUAACAGAUGUCCCCAAUACGAAUUUCAAAAUUGCAUCGGUUAUUCAAAAUUCCGAAUACGAAGUUGGCAAUGAACUAAACACAAGAAACACAAUCAGGAUAAUACCAAAAUCGUGCAUUGUUCUUGAAGCAAUUUUUCAAAUGAUUCAUCACAUAAAUCGGCGAUGAGGCCAGAAAUAUUAGAUCCUAUCUAGAUGAUUUUAUUUUCCUAAAUUUAAUUCUAAACAUUUGAAGGGCUAAUUGUGAAAGUCGCCUUAGUCAUUUUUUUGUUCACACAACUUUAAACAUUUUUUUUUCAUAUUUCAUCAAUUUUAAAGGGAAAAAUGAGUAUUGUAAUGCAUUCUGGGAUAGUUGAAGAUGUUUUUUUAAUACUUGACCAUGAAGUUUUUACAUUAUCACUGAAGCAGGACAACAAUGUUUUCAUUGAUUAUGUACAAAAAUCACUGCUGACUAAGGCGACUUUCACAAUUAGCCCUUCAUUUGAUUGGGCACUUGAAAGGUUCAAGUGAAAUUAUUU